GUUUCCAGUUAAUAGACGCGCCAUGGUAUGACUCGUACUACUUGCAUUCACAUACAAACACAACAUAUUGAACGGGACAGUCAGGUAUAGGUUUGAAUCACGCAUGCGCACACCAUCAGAUACCUUUAUUAUAUAAUGCGGGGAAUUCAUGACUCUUGUAGCUUACAAACAUUUUACCAUUUCUGUCGCGUGAAUCGAAGCAAGAAUGAAGCCGCGUGUAUUGGUCACCAGUAGCGAUGUACCAUCGGAGGCCAUAGAUCUCCUUCGCACAAAAUGCGAUGUUACGAUAAUCCAUAACAUUAUGAGUACACGCGAAGAUGUGUUGCAGGCUCUUCCCGAACACGAUGCAAUUUUUAUCGCAAGGCAUCAUAAUGUAAACAGUGAAUUUCUUGAUAUUGCAGGGCCAACAUUGAAAAUCGUUUCUACAAUGUCGGCUGGUUACGAUCAUUUGGAUGUUCCCGAAAUCAAACGAAGAGGAAUUAAAGUUGGUUACACUCCUAUGGUUUUAACUGCUUCAGUUGCCGAAAUUGCAAUUCUUUUAACUCUGUCCGCUGCAAAACGAAGUCAUGAAGGACGUUUAAAACUUCAACAAGGCGAAGUAGAAUCGAAUCUUCGGUGGUUACUUGGUCAAGAUGUGCGAGGAUCAACGGUUGGAGUCGUUGGGUUUGGUAAUAUUGGACAGGCAAUUGUAAAACGAUUGAAAGGAUUUGAAGUAGACCGUUUUAUUUAUACGGAUCAUUCUCGCAAGAAAGAAGGUAAUGAACUUGGAGCUCAUUUUGUGUCGCUCGAAGAAUUACUUCAACAAAGUGACUUCGUUAUUGUUGCUGUUCCAUUGAAUAACGAAACAAGAGGAAUGUUUAAUGAUAAUACUUUUGGCAAAAUGAAGAAGACAGCCGUAUUUGUAAACAUUGGACGUGGACAAGUCGUGAACACAGAUGCACUAGUUAGAGCGCUACGUAAUAAUACAAUUUUUGCAGCUGGACUUGAUGUUACAGACCCUGAACCACUAUCUCCUGAUCAUGAACUUCUUAAACUUCCUAAUGCUGUGAUUACACCUCAUCUGGGCAGUGCUACUGUGAAGACUCGACGUGAUAUGUCAAUUAUUGCAGCGCAAAAUAUUCUCAAUGGGUUAGAGGGUAAGCCAUUAGUGUACGAACUGUAAUUCAUAUUCCUUGAAUUGUUUAAAGUACAAGAUUAUAUUACACAAGUUAAUUCUACAAUUUCAUUUUCAAUAACAUAAUGACAUUGAUGUGUUUUAAUAUCACUUUAUAUAUAUAUGUAUAUAUAUAUAUAUUCCACAGUAUAUACAAUGUAAAACUUGAAUAAUUUUUUCUUAUAUAUAUAUAUAUAUAUAUUUAUAUAUAUGUAUAUAUGUAUAAAUUAAGAUAUAUAUAUUUAAUUUCACAUUGCAAAUAUCAAAAUGCCACAUUGACACUGUAUAAUACAAACUAUUUUGCAUCUACCAUAAAAUUUUAUAAUAUCUAUCCCUUUGACCACAUUUAUAUUAUUAUACGCCAAAUUUGAGAUAAAAUCCUCCUUUCAAACAAAUAUAGCAGCUAGUGUAUAAUAAAAAUGCUUAAAAAGGAUUUACAAAUAUGAAAUGAGGAAAUUCGAAUAUGUUGUAAUUGCGGAAAAGAAUAUACGAUAACAUUGCUUCCAUUACAAGUGCUUACCAAAUUUAACAGUAAACUUUUGGUAUUUAUCACCCAUAAUGUGCAACAGGUAACCAUCAACAUUUUUCUUCCACUACAUUUUUUAAAUUGCUCAAAAUUGGAUCAAUUUUAUUCUCCAAAGAUAAAAUAUGACCUGUAUUACAGUUAUGACUACCAAUAAAACUAAUAACUAAUGGUAAUUUGUUCAUUUGAACCACCUGUAAAUUAAACAAUACAUGAAUGUUCAUAAUGUUUUACCAAAAUUCAUAUAGUAAAAAUCAUACAUAAUGUAUGUAGCGAACAUAAGAUAACAUUAAAAAUAAUGUAAAUU